AUGCCCAUGGCUGCGAGCAAGCAAUGGACGCGGCUGCGCACGCUCGGCCGCGGCGCGUCGGGCGCGGAGGUCUUCCUGGCGGCGGACGACGCCUCCGGGGAGCUGUUCGCGGUCAAGUCGGCGCGCGCGUCCGGCGCCGCUGCGCUCAGGAGGGAGCAGGCGAUCAUGUCCGGGCUGCGUUCCCCGCGCGUCAUCUCCUGCGUCGGCGGCAGCGCCUGGCGUGACGGGUCGUACCAGCUCUUUCUUGAGUUGGCCCCCGGCGGCUCGCUCGCCGACGAGGUGGCAAAAGCCGGGCGGCUCGAGGAGCGCGCUGUCCGUGCAUACGCGGCUGACGUGGCGGAAGGGCUGGCCUACCUCCACGGGGCGGGGACGGUGCACGGGGACGUCAAGUCGCGGAACGUGGUGAUCGGCGCCGACGGCCGCGCCAAGCUCGCGGACUUCGGGUGCGCGAGGAUGCUCGCCACCGGCGACAAGAUCAUAGGCGGCACGCCCGCGUUCAUGGCGCCGGAGGUGGCGCGUGGCGAGGAGCAGGGUCCGGCGGCCGACGUGUGGGCACUCGGAUGCACGGUGCUCGAGAUGGCCACGGGUCGCGCACCCUGGAGCGGCAUGGACGGCGACGCGCUCGCCGCGAUGCACCGGAUCGGAUACACGGGUGCUGUACCCGAGGUGCCACAGUGGCUGUCUGCCGAAGCCAAGGAUUUCUUGGCCGUGUGCCUGUCCAUGAAUGCCAGUGACCGGUGCACGGCGGCGCAGUUGCUGGAGCACCCGUUCUUGGCCUCCGCCGUCUUGGACACCAAGCUCGAAGAUGUCAAGAGCAAAUGGGUGUCACCUAAGAGCACGCUGGACGCGGCAUUGUGGGAGUCAGAAUCCGACAACGAUGAAGCCGACGACGAGCUAUCGCACAGCACGGACGAGAGGAUCAAGGAAUUGGCCUGUCCUGAGUGGGCGUUCCCGGACUGGGACUCUGACGAGGGCUGGAUCGACGUGCUCUCGGCGCCAAACGAAGCAUCCUUCGUGGUUGCCUUGCCAGCCGAGGAGACGACUCACCUGGACGAUGCAAUCUCAAGCGAAGAACAACCUGCAGAUUGCGGCUUCCUCCACGCCACGAUGGACAGCAGCGUCCUCAAUGUAGUAGAAGAAGCCAACUACGAUUCAGAGUUGCACAGUAGGCAUCAGUCUUUGGGAGUUUCAGUUUGCGAUGAAGUCGUACUACCAUGUAAAUUAUUCUGCAACAACACAAGCAUGAAUGCAAUUGAUUUUGUUCCUGCGCAAAACACUUUGUUCUUCCUUUUUGCGAAUUUCUCUGCUCCUACAUGGCAGUUCCUCUGCCGCCCCGGUCGCGACACGUUCAGUUAG